UUUUGUCUUUCAACUGGCAAGAGUCAUUUCAACCAGUGGAUUGAUCAACUCAAAGACAGAUCCUCACACAAAGAGGCAACCAUAAGGAUGAAAUCACUGACUUUGAUCUUGGGCCUUUGGGCUCUUGCAGCAUGUUUCACACCUGGUGAGAGUCAAAGAGGCCGCUGGGGACCAUAUCCACCUGGACCACUGGCUCCUCCUCCACCAACUUAUCCUUUUGGACCAGGAUUUUUCCCAGCACCCUAUGUUCCAGGGAGAUUUCCACCACCCCCUCCUCCACCCUAUGUUCCAGGGGGAAUCCCACCACCCCCUCCUCCACCCUAUGUUCCAGGGAGAAUCCCACCAUCCCCUCAUCAUCCCCCUUUUCGCCCAGGUUAUCCACAGCCACCUUUCCAACCAAGACCCUAUCCACCUGGACCUCUAUUUUUCCCUGUAAAUUCUCCAACUGAUACUACCCUCCCUACUUUGGCACCCCAAAUACAGACAACUCCAAGAGAAACCAUUACCACCAGAGAAGAUACCAUCACUCUUAAGACUACUGCUGCUGCUACCAAAAAUAAGAAUUUCAACACUACUUCAAAGAGACUAUUAGACAAAAUCAUUUCCAUUAUUGGAUGAGAAUGAAAAAUUCCAAAGCACUGA